AUGGCAUCUGCAGAUGGUGUGAACUUCAUGGGCAGUGAGGCUUUUCAUGAAGCUGGAGCAAUGGCCUGGACAACAAACUUAACUGAUAAAUGUUGUAGGUGUCUGACUGCUCCACCAACUGGUCAUUCUCCCCUCUCUAUCCAUCUCCUCAGGGACUCCGGUCAAGAAGUCAGUGGAGGAAGUAACUUGAGAUGUGGUGGAAAUAGCAAAAGAGAAGUUGCUGAUGCAGCCAAAUUAACAAUGAAUGGAACUUCCUCUGCAGGAACCCUGGCUGUGUCACACGACCCAGUCAAGCUAGUAACUACCAGUCCUCUACCAGCAGAGAUGGAUAUUCCUCUAUUCUCUGGCAGUAUAACUCAGGUCAGAAGUCCUGUUGAAAGUGCAAUGAGCCUUAUUCCUGAAGAUGGCCUUCCUCCUAUUCUCAUCUCCACUGGUAUAAAAGGAGACUAUGCUGUGGAAGAGAAACCAUCACAGAUUUCAGAAAUGCAGCAGUUGGAGGAAGGUGGCCCUGACCCACUUGUAUUUGUUUUAAAUGCAAAUUUGUUGUCAAUGGUUAAAAUUGUACAUUAUAUGAACAGGAAGUGCUGGUGUUUUACAAACAAGGGAAUGCAUGCAGUGGGUCAGUCUGAGAUAGUCAUUCUUCUACAGUGUCUACCGGAUGGAAAGUGUUUGCCAAAGGAUAUCUUUAAUCACUUUGUGCAACUUUAUCGGGCUCUGGCAGGGAAUGUCGUGGGCAACUUGGGACAUUCCUUCUUCAGUCAAAGUCUCCUCAGCAGUAAAAAACAUGGUGGAUUUUUAUAUGUGACAUUUACCUACCAGUCACUGCAAGACCUAGUACUCCCAAACCCACCUUACUUGUUUGGGAUUCUUAUCCAGAAAUGGGAAACUCCUUGGGCUAAAGUGUUUCCUAUCCAUCUGAUGUUGAGACUUGGAGCUGAAUAUUGACUUUAUCCAUGCCCACUAUUCAGUGUCAGAUUUUGGAAGCCAUUAUUUGGAGAGAUGGGGCAUACCAUCAUGAAUCUUCUUGCAGACUUCAGAAAUUGCCAGUAUACCUUGCCAGUAGUUCAACGUUUGGUGGUUGAUAUGGAAGUUUGGAAAACCAGCAUAAAAAUUCCCAGCAACAGAUAAAAUGAGAUGAUGAAAACCAUGAACAAGGCCAAUGAGCAUGUCCUAGCAGGAGGUGCCUGCUUCAGUGAAAAGGCAGACUCUCAUCUUGUGUGUGUGCAGAAUGAUGAUGGAAGCUAUCAGACCCAGGCUAUCAGUAUUCACAAUCAGAACAGAAAAGUGACUGGUGCCAGUUUCUUUGUGUUCAGUGGCACUCUGAAAUCCUCUUCUGGAUAUCUUGCCAAGUCCAGUAUUGUGGAAGAUGGCGUUAUGGUCCAGAUCACUGCAGAGAACAUGGAUUCCUUGAGGCAGGCACUGCGAGAGAUGAAGGACUUCACCAUCACCCAUGGGAAGGCGCACUCAGAGGAUCCCCAGGAGCACAUCCACAUCCAAGCGGUGGAUGAUGACAAGAACGUUAGCAAGGGCGUCGUAAGUCCUACAGAUGGGAGGUCCAUGGAGACUACAACAAAUGUGAAGAUAUUCCAUGGAUCAGAAUGUAAAGCAAAUGGAAAAGUCAUCAGAUGGACAGAGGUGUUUUUCCCAGAAAAUCCUGAUCAGCACAAUUGCCUCAGUGAUCCUGCAGAUCAUGGUAGAUUGACUGAGCAUGUUACCAAGGCUUUUUGUCUUGCUCUCUGUCCUCACCUGAAGCUUCUGAAGGAAGAUGUAAUGACCAAACUGGUACUACGUGUGACACUUGAUUCAGAUCAGGUCGGCUAUCAAGCAGGGAGAAAUAGCCAGCCUCUUCCCUCGCAGUACAUGAAUGAUCUGGACAGCACCUUGGUGCCGGUGAUCCAUGGAGGGGCCUGCCAGCUCAGUGAGGGCUCUGUCGUCAUGGAACUCAUUGUAAUUUUUAAAAGUUGCCACAGCCGCCUCAACCAUCAGUAA